AUGGAUUCCAGCGAGAACGACAUCGAGAAGCACCACAUCGGCCACCGUGAUUCUCUCCAUGACCAUGAGAUCAUUGGACACAAUGAGGCUACCAAAGAGCAGGCUAUGCACCAUGGGCACCUCUCAGAGCAAGAGUUGAUCGAUGAGAAGAAGCUCAGGAGGAAGAUUGAUGGUACCAUUAUGCCCAUGGUAGUGUUGGUCUACUUGAUGAACUACAUAGACCGCAACAACUACCCGGCGGCGAAAUUAUCCGGACUACAAGAUGAUCUCGGACUAGAUGAUAAACAGUUCCAGACUGGUCUGUCCAUUUUGUUUGUUGGCUACGUAUUGAUGCAGGUGCCAUCCAACAUGUUCCUCAACUACUGCGGUCGUCCUUCGUACUAUCUUGGCUUCUGGACCAUAGCCUGGGGACUAGUCUCUCUCUUGACAAGUCAAGUCACCAGCUUCGGCGGAAUUAUUGCUUGCCGCUUUAUUUUGGGUUUUGUGGAAGCACCGUUCUUUGCGGGAGUGCUUUUCUACCUUUCGAAGUGGUACACCAAGAGCGAGCUAAACCUGCGCAUGUCGAUCUUCUACUCCGGGUCAUUGCUUGCCGGCGCGUUUGGCAAUCUCAUCGCCGGUGGUAUCUUGAGUGGGCUGGAUAACGCGAUGGGAAUGCGUGCGUGGAAAUGGCUGUACAUCCUUGAAGGAUCGAUCACCAUAGCCGUCGGCAUCCUCGUCGUUGUCGUACUACCAGACUUCCCAGACACCUGGAAGAAGCUUUCGCCCGAGCUCAAGAGAGUUGCGAACCGCCGCAUGGCUAUUGAUGGCGCAGAAGCCGAUGUUGACACCGGAGGCAACAUGUCCUACCUCCAGGGCGCCAAAUUGGCCUUUGCAGAUCCGAAGACCUAUCUCCUGGCAAUCAUGUACCACGCCAUUGUCGGCGCCACUGGAUUCCAGAACUUCUUCCCGACCUUGACCGACACGCUCGGCUACGACCAUGUCAUAUCCCUGCUCUUGGUCGCGCCCCCGUACAUCUUCAUCAUGGUCUAUGCACUCGGCCAUUCCAUCGCCAGUGACAAGAUUGGCAAUCGCUUUUGGUUCUUCAUCUACCCACUCAUUGUCUGCACGAUUGGAUGCCUGGUGUUCAUGUUCGUGCCACAGGGCAACUUCGGUGGCCGCUACUUCUCCCUCUUCCUGCUGAACUUUGCGUUCGCGAGUUUCGGUACCAUCUACGCCUGGAUCUCCAACGCCAUCCCACGCCCGCCGGCGAAGCGAACUGUCGCGCUCGCCUUUAUGAACAGCAUUGGCAACAUGGCUUCGAUCUGGACUCCGUACACUUAUAUUGAUGGAAGCGAGCCGUACUAUCGGCCAGCCCUCGGCGUCGUGAUUGGACUCCUGGUUGUGAGCGCUACGGGAGCGUGUAUCUUGCGCUUCCUCUUGAUCAAGAUGAAUCGCGAGUUGGAGAGACUCGAGAACGAGGACGUCGAACUGGACGAAAAAGAGCUGGCCAAGCUCCGCAAGACCGCCGAGUUUGAGCAAAUCGACAUGGCCACUGCAAGGCAGCUGCAGAAAGGGUACCGCUACAUUAUAUAA